AUGCCCAGUGGUCAAGAGGAGGUAACCCUACAAGAUAUCCAGAGAUCCUGCGCAAAUCCUAAGAAAGGGUACCAAAAGGUCCGGGAUUGUUGCAAAAAGGCCCUAUUGGAUGGCUUCAAAUAUGCCUGGAUCGACACCUGCUGCAUCGACAAAACGAGUAGUGCCGAGCUGUCAGAGGCCAUCAACUCAAUGUACACUUGGUAUGAAGAAGCCAAGGUAUGCUAUGCGUAUCUAGCCGACGUAUCAUCACCGGAGGAAAUAACAGAGAGUAAAUGGUUCACGAGGGGGUGGACUCUUCAAGAACUCAUUGCGCCGUUAGUCGUCAUAUUCCUGGAUCAGAACUGGAGAGAGCUGGGCAACAAAGACGGACUGCGCAAGGUAUUAUCAAAUCGUACAGGAAUCCCCGAGGAGCUUCUGUGCGGAAACACAGGCGUGGAUCUCUCUAAGUACAGUGUCGCCCAAAAUAUGUCCUUGGCAGCAUCGCGGACGACAACGAGGGUCGAGGAUCGCGCCUACUCGCUUCUCGGCAUCUUUGGAAUCUACAUGUCCCCGAUCUAUGGCGAAGGAGAAAACGCUUUCAUAAGUCUUCAGGAAGAGAUAAUUAGAGUAUCAGAUGACCGCAGUCUCUUUGCGUGGUCAUCUUCGGGCAAUGAUGGGAGCCUCCUAGCCAGGUCGCCAGAUGCGUUCAGAGACUCUGGCCACAUUGUUCCAUAUCAGUCCGAUGAUGAAGCCUAUGCUAGUCCGUGCAUAAGCAGCAGUGGCAUCCACCUCGAGGCGCGAUUUCUAGGAACGUGGGAUGGAACGGGUAUUGGCAUGGCGCUCCUGAACUGUCGGUACCCGAGAAAGGAGAAUGAAUCCAUUGCUACUUAUGUCAAGGAUCUCGACCUGAAGAUGGAACGAUUCCAACGAAUAUUAAGUUCAGUACUCGUGGGGGUUGGCAGGAACUCAAUGCUACAGACUCUAGGGUCAGUGAGGAAAAUUUGCAUCCUAAGGCCACUUUCACGAGGAUCGAAUGUUCGCAGAUUCAUCAAGGCUUAUGAUGAAGAUCGUCCCAAUGAACACCGCUCACACUUGGACGGUGGAUCUGGUUUGAUGACUACAUCCCGAAACGGCCUUGUUCAGACAGUCUGGUACUUGCUCACCUUUAGUAGUAUUGAAUCUUGGCUGCGACGCAGAGAAGGCCGCGAGGCAAUCUUCGCAGCAAUACAAGGAGGCAACGAAAUGAUUAUAAGAAUGCUAUUACAUCGCAGUGGCAUCCGGGCUCACGAGAUGGAAGAAGAGAAGGAAAGUCCGACGGCUUUCUUACUGGCAGCGCUUCUUCUGGAGAGGCGCUUCAGACCUGAUCCUUCCUUGACUCAUCUCUGGAAAUCCACAUCAGCUCUAUCCUUCGCGGCUGCCGACGGGUUGGAGAGCAUAGUUGAACUGCUUCUUCAGCAUGGCGCAGCUGUGGAUUGGCCCAACGACAAGUCCCAAACUCCGCUCUGUUUCGCUGCAGAGAAUGGCCAUGAGAAUAUUGUUCGAAUCCUGAUUGAUCAAGGCGCACAACUGGACCCGAUCCUAAAUGAACAGAAGUCACCGCUCUGUUAUGCUUCUGAAGCUGGAUACGAAUCAAUCGUACGGCUUCUCGUUGAGAGGGGAGCCAAUCUCAAUUUCCAAGAUGAGGAAAAGAGGUCCCCUUUACUUUAUGCUAUCCUAGGCAAUCAUGUGCAUAUCGCUAUGAAACUGAUCGAAUACAAUGCCAGUCCCCAUUCUUCAGAUGGUAGGGGAAGAUCGCCUUUAUCGCAUGCAUCUGAAAGCGGACAUUGCAAGCUAGCUGAACUGUUGAUCAGCAAUGGAGCGAAAAUCGAAAGCGAAGACUGCUUCCACAAGACGCCAUUAGCUUAUGCUGCCAAGGAGGUCGAGUUCGAGACUAUCCGGGUCUUGUUGAAACAUGGGGCAGACAUUGAGGCAGUAGACGACGAGUCUGCCAUGUCCCUAGCACUCGAUGAAACUCAUCCGGAUAUCGUGCAAGCCUUCAGCAAUCACAGUGCGGUGCGGCCAAAGGUUGAAACCCAGAUUGUCCGCAAACCAUUACAAGGGGACAAGUCGGAAGCAUAG